AUGGUUCGAAGCAAGUUUAAGGAUGAACACCCAUUCGACAAGCGAAAGGCAGAAGCCGAAAGAAUUCGUCAGAAGUACAAUGACCGAAUUCCCGUGAUCUGCGAGAAAGCUGAGAAGAGCGAUAUCCCAACUAUUGACAAGAAGAAGUAUCUCGUACCAUCUGACCUCACUGUCGGUCAAUUUGUUUAUGUCAUCAGGAAACGAAUCAAGCUUGCACCUGAGAAGGCUAUCUUUAUUUUCGUAGACGACAUCCUUCCUCCUACAGCUGCGUUGAUGAGUUCGAUCUACGAUGAGCACAAGGACGAAGAUGGUUUCCUUUACGUCCUCUACGCAUCAGAGAACACUUUUGGUGAAUUGGCUCAAUUUGAAGUCAAAGAGUAA